CCUGGGGACCCGGGGCCCCCAGUCCCUCUGCGUUCCCAGCCAAGUGUGGUAAUACACCUCCCCUGAGGGCAUCAUCAGUUGGGUGCACAUGGGCAUAGCUUGGGCACUGGAGGGCUUUGGGCUGUGGAAGGGUUGACUCACAUUAUGGUCCCCCCCUCCCCGUUGGCUCCGCCGUGGCCACGCAGCAGCUCUGAUUGGAUGUUAAGUUUCGUUUCCCAUCCUCCCCCCGCGCCUCCACUUCAGACUCAGCACUUUCCAGGAGGACAGGGGUGGAGCGAGAACUGACCCCCACAGUUCAGCGUUAGCGCUGGAGGUGAGAGCGCAAAUGGACGGGGUCACAUGAUACACUGAGGGACGUAGAUACGAAGAAAAGGUACCCAUGUUGUCACUGCGGGGGAGGAACAGAUGGCCCACGUGGGGUGUCACAGACUCGCGUUCUGGCGACGUCUUGAUAAUCACCGGGCCUGGUGGGCACUUUCGGGGGGUGUCAAAGCGUAGGGCCCGGAUGCAGGGUCGAAGUGUCAUAGUUGGUCUCUCGGUCUCGCGUGGACACAGAAGCCGGGCGGCACUGGAUAUCUGGGAGGGCCGGUGCGGUCCAGGGCCCCGCCUACCGCGCCGAAAGCGGAUUCAAGGGCGCUCCUCCGCGGCUUGCGCUCACACACGCCGCGUAGACACGUGCCCGCUGCACGCUGGGUAAAUACAGACCCGGAGCAGAGCCGACCCUAAUUUAGACGCCCGCGAACGCUGCGCGCACGCACACGUGUUCCCGACUCGCUGGCACUUUCGUCCCCACCCCCUCUGUCGCGUGCGGGGGCGGAGCCGGAGGGGGACUAGAGGCGUGGCUAUAGCCCUCAGCUCCCCGGGUCAAAAGGAGAAAGAUCAGUGAGGGAGGCAUCCCCACACCCUUUCCUAUAAUUGUGCCUUCCCCCAUUCUGCUUUACAGAUCUCUCUUAGCCCUCAAACCUAUCCCCGGCCCAAGGGGCGCGGGGGUGGGUUGGGGGAACUAACUAUGGGGGCGGAGCUCUGAGUCCAGCUCAUUACCACAGCAUCCAAGCUAGGGGUAGGGUGGGGGGAGUUGAGAAGGGCAACCCAGAAUCCCCCGACCUCGGCUUCGCCGCCGAGGAUGACGCGGGAGCGCGCGGCCACCCCCAGAAGGCUCCGGGCGAUGGGGCGGGCCUCCACGUAGACCCCGGGGGUCGCUUGCUCCUGCCAGCACGCCUUCGCCGAGGCCGGGAGCCUGGAGCACGCUCGCCCUCCCGCCCCCCAGCCGCCUCUGCCGCCGCCCCCUCCUUGGAAACCAAGUUACCAACGUUAAACCAAUCCCGGAACGCAACUCUGCCUCCUCCACAACCCACCCGCCUCGCCGUCCUCUCGCCCAGCUCAGCGCUCGCGCUCUCCUCGCCUCCUGCGCUUCCCCCGCGGCGGCGAUGCCAGGGCCCUCGCCAGGGCUGUGCCGGGCGUUGCUCGGCCUCUGGGCUGCCCUGGGCCUGGGGCUCUUCGGCCUCUCAGAGCGACCGGAUCGUGUAGAGCUGGUACCGCUGCCUGCCUGGCAGCCUGUGGGAGAGAACUUCACCCUGAGCUGUAGGGUCCCAGGCGCAGGGCCUCGUGGGAGCCUCACAUUGACCCUGUUGCGGGGCGCCCAGGAGCUCAUCCGUCGCAGCUUCGCCGGGGAGCCACCCCGAGCGCGGGGCGCGGUGCUUACGGCUACAGUACUGGCGCGAAGGGAGGACCAUGGGGCCAAUUUCUCUUGCCGCGCGGAGUUGGACCUGCGGCCGCAUGGCCUGGGGCUGUUUUCAAACAGUUCCGCCCCUAGAGAGCUCCGAACGUUCGCCCUGUCUCCGGACCCCCCGCGCCUCGCUGUCCCCCGGCUCUUGGAAGUGGGCUCAGAAAGACCCGUGAGCUGCACCUUGGACGAGCUGUUUCCAGCCUCGGAGGCUGGGGUCUACCUGGCGCUGGGGGACCACAGGCUGAGUCCCGAUAUCACCCUGGAGGGGGACGCGCUCGUGGCCACUGCCACAGCCACAGCUAACGAAGAACAGGAGGGCCCCAGGCAGCUGGUCUGCAACGUGACCCUGGGGGACGAGAGCCGCGAGAGCCGAGAGAACGUGACCGUCUACAGCUUCCCCGCUCCAGUCCUGACCCUGAGCGAGCCCAGCACCCCCGAGGGGAAGGUGGUGACAGUAACUUGCGCAGCUGGGUCCGGAGCCCUGGUCACACUGGACGGAAUUCCAGCCGUGGUCCCGGGACAGCCCGCCCAGCUUCAGCUAAAUGCCACUGAGGACGACGACAGGCGCAGCUUCUUCUGCGACGCCAUCCUCGAGGUGGACGGGGAGACCCUAAGCAAGAACAAGAGCGCCGAACUCCGCGUCCUAUACGCCCCUCGGCUGGAUGAUUCGGACUGCCCCAGAAGCUGGACGUGGCCAGAGGGCCCGGAGCAGAUGCUGCGCUGCGAGGCCCGCGGAAACCCCGCGCCCUCCGUGCACUGUGAGCGGCCUGACAGCGGGGCAGUGCUGGCGCUGGGCUUGCUGGGUCCCAUCACUCGUGCUCUCGCCGGCACUUACCGCUGCACUGCGGUCAACGUCCAGGGCCAGGCAGUCAAGGAAGUGACGCUGACGGUGGAGUAUGCCCCAUCACUGGACAGCAUGGGCUGCCCAGAACACAUUACAUGGCUGGAAGGAACAGAGGUCUCGCUGAGCUGUGUGGCACAUGGGGUCCCACCGCCCAGCGUGAGCUGUGUGCGCUCUGGGGAGGCCGAGGUCGUCAAGGGCCUGCUGCAUGUGGUCCGGGAGCACGCAGGCACCUACCGCUGCGAAGCCACCAAUGCUCGAGGCUCUGCGACCAAAAAUGUGGCUGUUUCGGUGGAAUAUGGCCCCAGUUUUGAGGAGCUGAGCUGCCCCAGCAACUGGACAUGGGUGGAAGGAUCUGGGCAGCUGUUUUCUUGUGAGGUGGAUGGAAAGCCAGAGCCAAGCGUGGAGUGCAUCGGCUCAGAGGGCACCAGUGAGGGGAUACUGCUGCCGCUGGCAUCCCCAGACUCUAGUCCCAGAGUCCCCAGCAUCACUAGUGAACUGGCACCUGGUAUCUACAUCUGCAAUGCCACCAACCGGCACGGCUCCAUGGUCAAGACAGUCGCCGUGAGCACGGAGUCGCCGCCGCAAAUGGAUGAGUCCACCUGUCCAAGUCACCAGACGUGGCUGGAAGGGGCCGAGGCUGCAGGGCUGGCCUGUGCCGCCCGGGGUCGCCCGUCCCCACAAGUGCGCUGCUCCCGGGAGGGCGUGCCCAGGCCUCAGCGGCUGCGCGUGUCCCGAGAGGAUGCGGGUACCUACCGUUGCUUGGCCACCAACAUGCAUGGCACGGACGCACGGACGGUUACCGUGGGCGUGGAAUACCGGCCGGUGGUGGCCGAGUUGGCAGCCUCGCCCCCCGGAGGCGUGCGGCCAGGCGGGAACUUCACGUUGACCUGCCGCGCGGAGGCCUGGCCCCCAGCCCAGAUCAGCUGGCGCGCGCCCCCCGGGGCGCUCAACAUCGGCCUGUCGAGCAACAACAGCACGCUGACCGUGGCGGGCGCCAUGGGCAGCCACGGCGGCGAGUACGAGUGCGCAGCCACCAACGCGCAUGGGCGCCACGCGCGGCGCAUCAUAGUGCGCGUGGCUGGUCCGUGGCUGUGGGUCGCCGUGGGCGGCGCGGCGGGGGGCGCGGCCCUAUUGGCCGCGGGGGCCGGCCUGGCCUUCUACGUUCAGUCCACCGCUUGCAAGAAGGGCGAGUAUAAUGUGCAGGAGGCCGAAAGCUCGGGUGAGGCCGUGUGUCUCAACGGCGCAGGCGGUGGCACUGGCGGGGGCACGGGAGCUGAAGGUGGAACCGAGGCUGCGGGCACCGCGGAGGCGCAGGCGGGGGGCGAGGUCUUCGCCAUCCAGCUGACGUCGGCGUGAGCGGUUCCCCUCUCCCCGCGGGCCGGGGGACGCCCCCCAGAGGGACACGGGGGCUUACUUAUUGUUCUAUUUAUUUAUGUAUUUAUUUAUUUAUUCAUUCAUUAUUUAUUCAAUUUCAGGGGCAUCACACCCAUUUUCUACCCCCCCCAAAUAAAGUUUUU